UCUGUUCUCAGUCUAGAGGCGAGACUGUGCGAAUGAUAGCAGCAGCAGCGCACAGUGAUUCUGCAGGCAUGUAAAGAUCCAAACAGAGCUCAUAAUAUACAAGCCUAAUAUUUCUUUUUAAAAUACAUUUUCUUUAUAUUUUACUAUUCCACCCCUCCUAAACGGGUAAUAUAUUUUACUGCAAAAUGACAACGUUAUCCCUACUGUUUAUGGCCGUGUCCAUCGCUUUGAUAGCUGCAGAAUCAUCUGUUUAUUUCCGAGAGCAAUUUGAAGACGGAGACACCUGGAGGAGCCGAUGGAUGGAAUCCAAGCAUAAAUCCGACUACGGCCAGUUUGUGCUCUCUGCAGGCAAAUUUUAUGGCGAUGCCGAGAAAGAUAAGGGUCUUCAGACCAGUCAGGAUGCUCAUUUCUACGCGGUUUCAUCCCGCUUUCCUGAUUUCAACAACAAGGAUCAGCCCCUCGUGAUCCAGUUCACUGUAAAACAUGAACAGAGCAUUGACUGUGGUGGAGGCUACAUCAAACUUUUCCCAUCAGACCUCAAACAGGAAGAUAUGCAUGGAGAUUCCACCUAUAAUAUCAUGUUUGGUCCUGACAUCUGUGGCCCUGGCACCAAGAAAGUACAUGUAAUCUUCAAUUACAAAGGCAAAAAUCAUUUGAUCAACAAAGACAUUAGAUGCAAGGAUGAUGAAUACACCCACCUGUAUACGCUUAUUGUCAAUCCUGACAACACUUAUGAAGUCAAGAUUGAUAAUAAGAAGGUAGAGUCUGGAUCUCUGGAAGAAGACUGGGACGUCCUGCCCCCCAAAAAGAUCAAGGAUCCUGAAGCGAAAAGGCCUGAGGACUGGGACGAGAGAGAGAAGAUCGAUGACCCUGAUGACAAGAAACCAGAGGACUGGGACAAAGCCGAGAACAUCCCUGAUCCUGAUGCCAAGAAGCCUGAUGACUGGGAUGAUGAGAUGGAUGGGGAGUGGGAGCCGCCCAUGGUUACCAAUCCUGAAUAUAAGGGUGAGUGGAAACCCCACCAGAUUGACAAUCCUGCUUACAAGGGGAAAUGGGUGCACCCUGAAAUUGAUAAUCCGGAGUACACUGCUGACAGCGAAAUCUAUAAAUACGAUAGCAUCGGAGUGAUCGGACUGGACUUGUGGCAGGUUAAGUCUGGCACAAUUUUUGACAACUUUCUCAUUACAAAUGACCCCAAACUGGCAGAAGAGGUUGGCGAUGAGACUUGGGGUGCCACAAAGGAUGCUGAGAAGAAAAUGAAAGAAAGUCAAGAAGAGGAAGACAGAAAGAAGCGUGAGGAAGAGGAAAAUACAAGAAAGGAGGAGGUGAAGGAUGAAGGGGAAGAUGAAGAUAAGGAAGAGGAGGAGGAGGAGGAAGAAGAAGAGGAUGAAGAGGAGGAGGAGGAAGAGGAGGAGGAGGAAGAGGAAACAGACUCUAAACUCAAAGACGAGUUGUAGAUUUCAACAGGAACUUGUGAAGAAAUGUCCCAUGACUAAUGGGGUACAAUACAGAGAACUGGACUAAUGCUGGACAU